AUGCGGAAUUACGAAAAGGCUGUUUCGCCCUCUCAACCACAGACAGCCAACGAAUGGGCUCAUCAGUGUGGUCUAUUAAAAGCUGUGGUUGCAAUGUCACCAGAGCCACAAGAAAUAAAUGCUAGGAUUGAGGAGCAGGAAGGCCCAGAUGAUGCAGAUAGUGAUAUUUCACGUGAUGAAUCGGCAGACGAGGCGUCAUACCACGCCCAAGUAGGUGAUGCUGUCCACGAUCCAGCUGACGAAAGUGCUCCUUCAGGCUCUGGCCUUCAACAACCACUGCAACAACAUCACGACGAUGGCGGUCAACCAGGGAUGGGACAAGAGGAAUCUGUAGAGUUCCAUCAGCCACAAAUGGAGCAACAAGAAUCUGUCGAGGUUCCCCAGCCACGAGUGGAAGAAGAAGAAGAGCCUGUAGAAUUAGAUCAGCCACAAAUGGAGCAAGGAGGACCUGUCGAGGUUCCUCAGCCAAGAAUGGAAGAAGAAGAAGAGCCUGUAGAGUUAGAUCAACCACAAAUGGAGCAAGAAGAACCUGUCGAGGUUCCUCAGCCACGAAUGGAACAGGACGAACCCGUCGCAGUUCAUGAUCGAAACGCUGGAUUGCUGCCAGAGAUGGCCCAUCCUGACAAUGUGCUCAGCUACAUGCGAGAUCACAAUAACAAACCGUCGAGGAAAGAAGAUUUAGGUGGCUACCGCACUGAGUACGAGCGGCAGUGUUUCAAUCUCCGACGCACAGCUCAACCAGUACAGGUGAAUUGGUUGAACAGUUAG